AUGAGCCUCGACCUCAGGCACAUUCCCUGCCCAGCUGGCGACACCUGCACUGCCUUCCAGUGCAUCUUUGGCCAUGCGAAGGACAAGGCGCCCGACGUCCCAAAACCGGCUGAACCAAAGAGACCAGAGGCACCGCAGUUCAAGGCAAACACUAUAGCCGCAGCCGGUCAGGCGGCAGCGGCAGUGACAUCAGCUGACCCCCAAGGACCCCCAAGGAAGCGGACCAAGGUUGAACACAGCGAUGCCGUGCCUCCUGUCCCGCGACCAUCUCUGGCAAAGACCAAGACGCCAUCAUCAUCUUCAUCUUCACUGCCACGACCGGCAUCACCGCCGCGGUCCCGUAAAGACAUCACGGCAGCAUCGAAUGCCAAAAGGCCUACUGCUGCCAAGGUGGUCAAGGCCGAGUCUCUCAACCCACGACUGAUCAAAAGCUCCCCCGCCAGCCACGAGAUCCGUCUCAAGCUCGUGCGCAUGCUUCACGCCGAGUACACACGACUGAACCGCGAGGUGGCAAAUCAGAGCAAGGCAGCAGGAGGUGAUGGUGAUGCGGACAAGAAGCUGGUGCUGUCGGACCAGGAGCUCAUCACCAUGACGCUAGACGACGAGACGGCCAUCGCCGUGGGCAAGUCAGCCGUGUACACGAACGUGAUGAAGAACCGCGUUAUGCAGUACAAGAGGAUGAAUGCCACGCAGUGGAGGGAGGAACGGAAGAAGAAGAUGAUGAAGGAGGCGGGACUGACCCCGUCGACGGUGGAAAAGACCAUCGAGACGGGGCUCACGCCUGCCCAAGAAGUCGAGGUCCUACGAAACAUCAUCACCCCGAUCGACAGACUGUCCAACCACGGCUACGUGCCCGUCGUGCCGUCGGACGAGGCCGUCAAGUCGGCCCGCGACGGCAAGGAAGCCGGCCACGGCUGGGAAAAGUGCGACCGGUGCCAGCAGCGGUUCCAGGUAUUCCCCGGCAGGCGCGAGGAGGACGGAGCCCUGACGUCCGGGGGCGAGUGCCACUUCCACUGGGGCAAGGCGUACCUGCCCGGGAGGUCGAGCGAGGGCAAGGCGUCGCGACCGUCGAGCAAGCGGUUCGUCUGCUGCGGCGAGGCCGUGGGCGAAUCGACGGGGUGCUGCACGGGGAGCCACCACGUGUACAAGGCCAGCGACGGCAAGACGCUCGCCACGGUGCUCAACUUUGCACCGACGCCGGAGAACGAGGCGGUACCCGACGACAGGGCCGUCUGCUUCGACUGCGAGAUGUGCUACACCGUGCACGGCAUGGAGCUGGUACGCCUCACGGCCGUGUCGUGGCCGGGCGGCAAGCCCCUCCUCGAUGUGCUCGUCCAGCCCCUCGGGGAGAUACUCGACCUCAACAGCCGGUACUCGGGCGUGUGGCCGGACGACAUGGCCCGGGCCAAGCCGCUCAGCGUAGCCGAGGUGGCCGCUGCGGAACCCAAGGCAGCGAGGGCGGUGCUCGCCGGAGAGGACGGCGGCGGCAUACGCAUCGUCUCGUCCCCCGAAGUGGCCCGCCACCUACUCUUCUCCCUGAUCAGACCCUCCACGCCCCUGAUGGGUCACGGGCUCGAGAACGACCUCAACGCCGUGCGCAUAGUCCAUCCCACCGUCGUCGACACCGUCCUCCUGUACCCGCACAAGGCUGGCCUGCCCUUCCGCCACGGGCUCAAGAUGCUGAUGGACCAUCACCUCAACAAGAAGAUCCAGCAGGACCAGGGUCCCGACUCGAGGGGCCACGACUCAGCCGAGGAUGCCAGGGCUGCCGGGGACCUCAUCAGGCUCCGGGUUGCCGAGGAGUGGGGGCGCAUGAGGAGGGCUGGGUGGAAGGCUGACGGAGAGAAGCUUGCGCCUCCGCUGCUCUAG